AAUCUCUUCUGCUCCUUGCCAUGUCCGGCCAGGUCCACCAGCGCGAGCUCGACGACCAGGGCCCCCUUCCAAAGCGCACAAGAGUAGACUCGUCCGAGCUGGAUGCACCUCAGCCGAAUCCCGCGGCAGAGCAGGAGCAGAAUCCAUUCGACGAAAAUCUCCUCCCGCCCAGCCAUGCCCUCCUCGGCCUCCCCAAAAAAGAAUACCCUGACGGCGUCCUCAGGAUCAUGGAGAACGACGUCGGCAUAUCCGAGUACAUUGCUCGCGACGUCCCAAAAAUCGACGGCAUCAUCAAACAACGGCCCGUCCUCCUCACUACAACAUCUAACGUUUGCUCAUUAUUUUACAGGUUCACCGACUUUCUCGUCUUCGAGGUCGACCUCGACGGUAACGAAAUUCACCUAAAGGACAUAGGCCCCCCAGACGCGUCUGCAGUGUACGGUCAAAAGAAAAUCAAGGACGCUCCCUCUACAGACGUCCCCAUGGACGGCGUGGAAUCAACUGCACCCGCGCCGUCUACUCCUGCGCCCGAACCUACCGCCGACCCGCAGCCACCACCCGCACCCGCACCCGCACCCGCAGAGCCCAUCUGGCCCGACUCCUUCACCGACCGCCUCCAACCCUAUUUCGCCCCCGACAAGCUCGACGCCCUCAAGAAAAUGUACCUCGAGGGCCCCGAGCCGCCCUUUGUCAGCGACAGCGGCUGGGGCGGGCGCAAGCCCAAGACCGACGCGGACGGCGAGGACCCGAUCCCCUCGAAGCAGACGCGCACGGCGCUGCACCAGCUCGUGCGCGAGCUCUUCGCCGGCAAGCUCGACACGGAGACGGACACGACCGACCCGGGCGCGAGCGCCGACGCCGGCGCGCGCAUCGUCGUCCGCUGGAACAAGCAGCGCGGCGCGCGCGCCAGCCGCGGUACGCACAAACCCCCCGGCUCGAAUACCAACACUAGCCCCCAGUCCUCGUCCUCGCGCGGCAACUUCCCCCCCUACAUCCACUUUACCCUCCAAAAGACGAACCGCGACACGCAAGACGCGCUCGCGCACCUCGCGCGCACGCUGCACGUCCCCGCGCGCGACCUCGCCGUCGCGGGCACCAAGGACAAGCGCGGCGUCACCGUCCAGCGCGUCUCGCUCAAGCGGGGGAACAAGGACGUCAUGGACGUGUGGCGCCUCGCGAACGCGAUGCACCGCCCUGGGCGGACGCUCGAGGACGCGCUGGGCGCGCGCGGCGAGCGCGGCGUGCGGGUGGCCGACCUGACGUAUCGGCGCGCGGGGCUGGAGCUCGGGAACCUGAAGGGCAACGCGUUCGUCAUCACGCUCAGGUGCGCACUGGACUCGGUCGACACGCUCGCCCGCGCGAUGGCCUCGCUCCGGCAGCACGGGUUCGUCAACUACUACGGCAUGCAGCGCUUCGGCACGGCCUCGAUCCCGACGCACUCGAUCGGGCGCGCGCUGCUCCGCGGCGACUGGCACGCCGCGGUGUCGAUGAUCCUCCGCGAGCGCCCCGGCGAGCACCCGGACGUCGUGCGCGCCCGCCGCGCGUGGCUCGUCGAGGGGGAUCUGGACAAGGCGCUGGAGGCGAUGCCGCGCCGCGUCGUCGCCGAGCGCUGUAUUUUGGAGAGCUACAAGAAGCAGCGCGGGGAGACGCGGAAUGCGUUCGGGGCGCUGCAGACGAUCCCGAAGAAUCUGAGGCUGAUGUAUGUGCAUGCGUACCAGAGCUAUCUCUGGAACGCGAUCGUGUCGGAGCGCAUUAGGAUGUACGGCGCGGACAAGCCCGUCGUGGGCGAUUUGGUGUUCGACACGGACGAGCCCGCCAAGGCGGACGAGGACGGCGCGGAGCCUAUCGCCGUCGUCGGACCUGAAGGGGACAUUGCCGCUGCCUCUGUUCCCGCCGAGAAAACCGCCAAAGACAAGAAGCCCCGCAGGAAGAGAGAAUGGAAGGCCAAGGAGCCGCACCGCGUCAAGACGCUGACGGCUGAAGACGUGGACAAGUAUACUAUCUUCGACGUCGUCAUGCCCCUUCCGGGAAGGGACGUGGCCUACCCCGGCGGACAGCUUGGAGAAAGGUACAAGGAGUUCGUGCGAGCCGACGGGCUGGACCCGGAUAACUGGGUGCGGAAACAAAAGGAGUACACGAUGGGCGGGUCCUACCGCAAGAUCCUGCACCUCCCGAGCUCGCUCUCCUACUCCAUCCUGCGCUACACGGACCCGGACGUGCCGCUCGCGCAGGCGGACGAGGACAAGCUGCUGGGCUUCGACCCGCCCGCGGUCGUCGAGGACGGCCGCUUCAUGGCGCUGCAGGUGAAGCUCACGCUCGGCACGGCGGCGUACGCGACGAUGGCGCUGCGCGAGGUCACCAAGGCGGAGACGAGCAGCCAUUACCAGACCGCGCUGACGGCUGCGAGCGAGGACCAGAAAUUCAAGGGCGGGGUGGAGGACAUCGAGGAGUUGGAAGCUGACGUCGAUGCGGAUGCGGAUGUGGUGAAAGAGUUUGAAAGCUGAGCUGCAUUUUGCGGUGGCCGGAAUUAUAAGGCUUCGACCAGGGUACAUAUUUGAAUGAAAAUACGCCUGUUCUGCAAAGUGUCUAUCGAUGGCGGAAUCUUUCAUACUUGCGGUUUUCGUCGCUGCUGAAUCCGGCUCCCACAGCGCCGAGUGGCAUCUCGAGCAAAGUUGCUAACUUGAUAGGAUUGUACG